AUGACGAAUGAAUCGUUGGAUUAUUCCGAAAAAGAUUGGAUAAUUGAACUAGGUGUUCGUCCUCAUAAAAUGUCACCGAUCGAUCCACCAACUAUCGAAAAUAACGAAGAAUACAAUCGAAUAGUCACAUCAAUUUACGCGAUGACAUUAGCUGAUGGUUUAUUAACUCAUCUGAUAGAUCCUUAUAUCUUGGAACAUAUCCAAAUGGAAAAGGAAUUUAGCGAACACGAUGACAUAGCUUUAGUUUGGUCGGAUGACGUAUCAUUAACGUUAUGCUUUCUCGCAAGUCUCGCACAUCAUGGAGGAUAUUCGCAAGAUCAUCUUUUAGAAAGAUAUUUUCAAUGGUGGAUGAAUAGUUACAUGUGUCCGGCCGGUCAUUGUUUUACUCCGCGUGUUCAUUUGAAAAAGUCAAUUGAUUUAUUUGGUGAAACACAAGCUGCUCAUGCUCUUGGUAUCGCAGUUGACAUGGAACGGAAAACUUCGAAGCUCAUUGCUACUCCAUCAUCAUUACUUCGUUUAUCACCUAUUGCAUAUUUCUAUUCCAAACAUCCGUCGACGAAACGUGCAGAAAUUAUUCAAGAUUGUAUCAAGCGAAUGUUUGGCACGAAAACACCUUCGACUAUCUUCAUCGCUUCAAGUUCAAUCGAAUUCGAACGAUUUACUCACGAAAACAUUCUUCGACCUGAUCGACGUGAUUACUAA